AUGUCUGAUGUCUAUAGUAUUGGAAUACUUUUAUGGCAAAUUUCAAGUGGAUAUAGACCAUUUUAUGGCUUAGAAUAUGAUGUGAGUUUAUCCUUAAAUAUCAUAGAAUGUUGGAAAAAUGAACCAAAUGAACGUCCAAAUAUACAGAAAGUUGUUUCAUCUCUUGAAGCGAUAAUUUCACUCAAACAAAGUAACACACGUAUUGACAAUAUUAAUGAAAAUAAAUGUUAUAGUAAUGAAUCUAAAUUAAGCAAAGGAACUUCAAAUUAUGAUUCCAAUAUAAAUAAAUUAGAUAUCACUAAUAAACAAGAAUAUGUCCAGUCGGAUGAUGGUAAUGUAACUGAUGUAAAGAGAAUUGGCUUCAGAAGUAAUCAAUACUGA